AUGUUGAAUAGCAGACUGAAGAAUCGAAUCGCAUACGGUGGUUUGGGUACGAUCGAUCUAUUUAAGAGAACAUGGAAGGAUCUCUCCGAAUACAUUCAUUUGGAGUGUGAUGGAGUCGAUAUCACUCCUCGGUUAAAGGAGUUGAAAUUACACUGCAUUCUUUUCCACAAUAUCACUUACUAUGCCGGUGGUACGAUACCAUGGGGUAGUGAAUCGACUGGCGACGCAAUGAAACCGAGCUGCUGUGACGGCAAAAUCGAAGUUCUCGGAUUCACCACUGCGACUCUGGCUGCAUUACAAAUGGGCGGUAAAGGUGAGCGAUUAGCGCAAUGUUCUGAAGUGAAUGUUCUCACCUAUAAAGCGAUUCCUAUGCAGGUUGACGGUGAACCAUGUCUCCUUGCAGCGUCUCGCAUUCAUCUCACUUUCCAUAGUAAGGUCCCAAUGCUUCGAAGGGAAAAGAAACUCGCCUUUAUUGCUAAUCUGGCUCGUAGAAACACAAGACACGAUAGGAAGGACUCCCAGGCUCAGUCGACGUCGGUGAUAGUGCAGAUGUCAGUAAAUGUUGUUGCUCGUCUAGACUAUGAUGCCUACAAGGAUUCAUUUGAAAGAUUAAAAAAUACAGGUUUUGAAAUUGGAGUGAUUAAUUUGGAGUCUGAAUGCGACCUGGACGUCGCUCGUGUGCUUAUUCAAAAAUUGCUCGACGACCAUCCAUGCUUACCAUACGAGCCUAGCAAGGACUGGCGGUUCCUCGACUACAUCACUAAUGCAGAGGAAGGUACGUUUCGUGUGCCGAGAGCACAAGAACACGUACAUUCCAUAUCCGAUAUCAGUAAUCCGGACGAUUGCCUUCUGAUUCUCGAUGACGUUUUUCCUUCAAUAACUUCUAGCGACACCUCACUACAACAACAGUCGAUCAUGCAGCGACGUAUCAGAGAAACGUUACGAAUCGUCUUAAGCAGUGACGCUAAGGAAACGCAUCUCUGA